AUGCAACGCUUCCUAUCCCUCGUUUCCAUUGCCAUUGCUCUGGCCAGUCCAGUAGCCCUCGGCUAUCCUCGUGGCGUCCAGCGCUCGAGGGUUCUACUCAGCGCUAGGGAUGUCGAUGAGUCGUACGACUAUGUCAUUGUCGGUGGUGGUACUGCAGGUCUCACCGUUGCCGAUCGUCUGACUGAAGAUGGAAAGACGACGGUCUUGGUCGUGGAACAUGGCGAGCUAAGCGAUUCGCCUAAUAUCCUAAGAGUCCAAGGUGGCUCAGGGGGCCUGAAUCCUCGGUUCUUAUACACCUUCAAUUCGGUUCCUCAGACAAAUUUGCGCAACAGAACAAGCGCUGUAAUGGCUGGAAACGUUGUUGGUGGCAGCUCUGCAGUUAACGGCAUGAUGACUGUCCGGGGGACGACUGAGGACUACAACCGCUGGGGCCAGUUCUUUGGCAACUCGUCGAACUGGAGCUGGGAAGGGCUGCUGCCUUACUUCAAGAAGGCGCUGAACUUUGUUCCUCCAACCGCCGAAGUUACAGAGUCUUCGAAUAUGUCGUACGAUACCAGAUUCUGGGGCAAUGAGUCCGGGGUUUAUGCAGGCUGGCCAUCUUACCAGUACGCAGACACCUCUGUCCUUUACAGCGCCUACAAAGAGGUACCUGGAGUGGAAUUUCCCGUUGAUAGCGGAGCUGGCGGGGCUGGUGUAUACUGGUAUCCGACCUUUAUGGAUCCUUACAACGUGACUCGAUCAUAUUCUCGGACUGGCCAUUACGACCAGCUGAACCGGUCAAACUACCACCUGAUCACGGGCUCUAAAGUCAACAGAAUUGUGCUGAAUGGAACAAGGGCGACGGGUGUUACCUUUAUCCCGGCUUUGGUGGCUGGUCGAAGCUCUAACUCCACAAAUUCCACAAGUGCUCCCAAGUUGGUCCUUGCGAAGAGAGAGGUCAUUAUCGCCGCCGGAGCCAUCCACACCCCUCAGAUCUUACAGCUCAGCGGCAUUGGUCCCAAGAAACUCCUGACUAAGGCCAACAUAACUACUGUUGUUGACCUCCCAGGGGUCGGACAAAACUUCCAAGACCAUCCGGUGCUCUCUAUCUCGAUUACAUUCCGCAACGCCACUGUUCACCCAUCUUCGGCCGACCUCAUUACUAAUGCGACCUUCCGUGGUUGGGCUGCAGAAGUCUGGGCCGAGAAUAAGACGGGCCCGUAUUCCAUUGCUUCCCCCAACGCCGCAUCGUGGCUCCCCUUCCCGGUCAUCUCCCCGCGCUACGAGGAACUGGCAGCAAACCUCUCAGCACAGGAUCCUGCCCAGCAACUGGAACCUGGAACUGAUGCAACCAUCGUUGCCGGCUACAAGGCACAGAUGCAAUCGUAUGCCGCCGCCCUUCGGUCCAACAAGACCGCCUUCUACAGCUCCGUCAUCCACGGCGGCCUCGGAGGCGGCAACUUCGUCCACCUGCACCCGCUGAGCCGCGGCACGGUCAACAUCGACGCGGCCGACCCCGAAGGCAGGGAGCCGGUCGUGGACUACCGCACCCUGAGCAACCCGCUCGACACGGCCAUCCUGGUCGACAUGGUCCGCUUCACGCGGCGGCUGUACUUCAACAACAGCGUGCACGCGCAGUUCGACCCGCAGGAGACGCGGCCGGGCGACGCCGUGACGAGCGAGCCGGACCUGGCCGGGUUCGUCGCCGCGUCGGUGUCGCCGACAGACUCCCACCCCGUCGGCACCGCCGCCAUGCUGCCGCGGGAGCUCGGCGGCGUCGUCGACGAGCGCCUGAGGGUCUACGGGAUAAGCCAGUUGCGGGUUGUUGAUGGGAGUAUUAUGCCCACACUCCCUGGCGCUAAUACGUGCCAGACUGUGUAUGCUGUUGCUGAGAAGGUAUUGAGAUUCGGAAGCCCGACGUAUUCUUGCCAUGUUGCUGACAUUAAUCACAGGCUGCCGAUCUUAUCAAGGCGGAGGCAAAAUCCAAGAAGCGAGGGAGGGCGGUGCGACGGCAUCUGACCUGGGACUAUGACUUUUGAUCAGCUGGAUGAGGGAUAAGUUAGAUGCA